AUGGCGAUCAAUUAUUACAAGGAGCUGUACUGGGAAGAUAAGCCAGAGAGUCAUGACCUCAACUCAGAGAUUACAUAUCCCCCAAUAAAUGAAGAAAUGAGGAAUAGUUUUCAGAUUUCCCCCACCCAGAAGGAUAUAAAAGAAGCUCUUUUUAGUAUAGGCUCCCUGAAAGUGCUGGGAGAAAAUGGGUACCCUGAUUUUUUCUUUAAGAAGAACUGGAGUAUGAUUCAGGAGUCUCUGUGUGAGUAUAUUGGUAAAGUGUGGAGGAACCCCAAGGAAAUAGCAGAAAUCAACCAAAUACUUAUUGUUCUGAUACCUAAAUCAAAACAUCCUGAAUUUAUUUCCCACUUUAGACCCAUUGCAUUAUGCAAUGUUGUCUACAAAUGCAUCUCUAAGAUACUUGUAUCCAAGCUCAAGCCCAUUUUACACAACCGAAUUACCCCCACCCAAUCUAGUUUUGUACUAGAGAGAGUCAUUCAUGAUAACAUUAUAAUUGCAAUGAUGAUGCUGAGCAUGAAAAAAAUGAAGGGGAGGAAACAAUUUAUGGCAGUGAAAAUUGAUUUUGAAAAAGCAUAUGACUGA